CUAUAUCUCUGUGCCCAUCUCUUUUUAUAAAGUGCCAUUUUAACACCCUUCACACACUCGCAGAAUAGGAAGUUCCAUCUCCCAUUUCCUCUCAUGUCUUGCUUAAACCUUAGGAUUCCACCUGCCAGGAAGGCAUGGAAGAGCUUCACCUCUAAACUGCAAAACAAACUUCAUAAACUGAACAAGUCCAAGGCUAUCAAGAAACCCAAGAACAGGUUCAAUCCUCCGCCAACAAAAGCUAUUGUACGUGACCAUAACAGGAAAAACCUACUUCGGUCGUCUAGUUCUGCUUUUCCCUUCAAAAGACGACGAAACCACUUGUUUUUGCAGAAAAAGAGUGCGCCUGUGUAUGUUGAUAAGCUGUUCCGAGAUCCUGUUGCUGAUGUGCUGGCGGUAGACUUUCCACCAACAGCUAAGGCUAUGAAGAUUGUUGAUAAACAGGUUUUCACAGUAGCAGAAUCAGCUGCAAGCAAGGAAGAGAGGAAAGGAGACGAAGGAGCUCCUGUCCCUGCGGCUGCGGAUGAUAUGUGGGAGUCAUUAGGUUUUGCAUCUCCUCUUAUGAGAGGAAUAGAUGAAAGGGCUGAGCAAUUUAUUGCAAGUUUCCGGGCAGAGAUGGAAGUUCAGGAGAUUAUGGCAAGUGAUUUGUACGUAGAAAAUGCUAGUUUGUAGCAUAUAUUUUUCUUUUUCAGCUUAAUAUGAUUUAUUGAGGAUAAAAGUCUGGAGGUCGACAUAUAUUCGACAAAAUUUUCUAGGCUUUUGGGGAACCUGUAGCUGAAGAUUAAUAGUCCUGUAAAUUCUUGGAAACAGAAACUUAAAACCUUUAUUUGUGUGCA